AGGUCUUCUGAUAAAACCACUGCUUUCAAGAUUUUUCACUCUACGGCGACGUCGUUUCCCAUUCCAGCAGAGACUCCUAUGACAGUAAAUGAGCAGGACCCACUUACGUUCUGGAAUUUCUUGCCUCACACGCUGCCUUUUGUGGCUCCUUUAUUCAGCGCCCGCGAUCGACUAACCCGCUGGUCACUGGGAGUCAUUGGGAUGCGUCCCAUCUACCAGGGAAGAGGGUCCGGCAGAGGACUUGUGCAGAAAGGACUAGAGAGGGUGAAGCAUAAUCCUGAAGGUGAUCGUCCGGUUUGCGUCGUUUCUUCGGUUGGCCGGCACGGCUUCUAUCAGAAACGCGGGUUC